CCAAAUCAGUUUGGUAUGCCUGGGAUAGUGCCACCAUAUGUUCCUUCUCAGAUGCUUAACAUUCCACAGACCUCACUACAAGCAAAACCUGUGGCCCAGCAGAUGUCCAAUCAGGGUGGGGCCCAAGGUCAGGGUCCAUACCCAUAUAAUCUCUCUGAGCCAGCCAUCACCUUGGAAACAGGUGGAAAAAGUCUUUCUGAGCAGAACAACUACAGUAACAUUCCUCACGAAGGAAAACAUACACCAUUGUAUGAACGAUCUUCUCCAAUAAAUCCAGCUCAGAGUGGGAGCCCUAAUCAUGUGGAUUCAACCUAUUUUCCUGCCUCUUCUACAUCUUCGUCCUCCGACAAUGAUGAAGGCAAUGGAGGUGCAGUGAACCAUGUCAGUGGGAACAAAAUAGGCUGGGAAAAAACAGGAACCCAGUCAGAAAGUCAAGCACGUGGAGAGCUGGGAGACCAAACAAAGGCAGAAGGUUCCUCCAGUGCUUCUUCAGGAAGUCAGGCAGCUGAUGGCAAAGGAAAUCAAACCAGUAAUCCACAAAUCCCAUGCCUGUUGUCAAUGCCCACCAGAAACCACAUGGAUAUUACUACCCCUCCAUUACCUCCUGUAGCACCUGAAGUAUUAAGAGUGGCAGAACACAGGCACAAGAAGGGGUUAAUGUAUCCCUACAUCUUUCAUGUCCUAACCAAGGGUGAAAUCAAAAUUGCCGUUUCUAUAGAAGAUGAAGCCAACAAAGACCUGCCUCCUGCUGCUCUCCUUUAUAGGCCAGUUCGUCAGUAUGUUUACGGAGUCCUGUUUAGUUUGGCAGAAAGCAGAAAGAAAACUGAAAGACUUGCUUUUAGGAAGAACAGACUUCCACCAGAAUUUUCACCAGUGAUAAUUAAAGAAUGGGCUGCUUACAAAGGCAAAUCUCCUCAGACCCCUGAGCUGGUGGAAGCACUUGCGUUCAGGGAAUGGACCUGUCCUAAUCUGAAGAAGCUGUGGCUGGGAAAAGCAGUAGAAGACAAGAACCGAAGAAUGAGGGCAUUUUUGGCCUGUAUGAGAUCAGAUACACCAGCAAUGCUCAACCCAACUAAUGUGCCCACUCAUCUUAUGGUGCUUUGUUGUGUACUAAGGUAUAUGGUACAGUGGCCAGGGGUUCGUAUACUUCGUCGCCAGGAACUUGAUGCUUUCCUUGCCCAAGCAUUGUCUCCAAAGCUCUAUGAACCUGACCAGCUGCAGGAACUCAAGAUUGAGAAUCUCGAUCCCCGAGGAAUUCAGCUGUCUGCUUUAUUUAUGAGUGGUGUCGAUAUGGCGCUUUUUGCAAACGAUGCUUGUGGACAGCCAAUUCCAUGGGAGCACUGCUGUCCGUGGAUGUAUUUCGAUGGAAAAUUAUUCCAGACCAAGCUCAUCAAAGCAAGCCGGGAGAAAGUUCCGCUCAUUGACCUCUGUGAUGGUCAGGCUGAGCAGGCAGCCAAGGUUGAAAAGAUGCGUCAGAGCAUCCUAGAAGGAUUAAAUUUCUCCAGGCAGAACCAUCCUCUCCCUUUCCCACCUCCACCUGCCAUGCCUUUCUAUCCAGCUUCUAUGUAUCCUCGACACUUUGGGCCAGUCCCACCACCUCAGGGCAGGGGGAGAGGCUUUGCUGGAGUCUAUGGCUUCGGAGGCCCUUAUGGGGAAACAGUAGGCACAGGAGCUUACCCGGCCUUCCGGGUGGCGGCAGCGGCAGGACACUCCGGAGCCUUCUCUGGCAAUGACAGCAACAGGACUAGCAAGUUUCAGGGCGGAGUCCAACCUAUUCCUUCUCAGGGAGGGAAACUUGAAAUUGCCGGCACUGUAGUCGGCCAUUGGGCUGGAAGCAGACGUGGACGAGGGGGUAGAGGGCCAUUUCCUCUGCAGGUCGUUUCUGUGGGAGGACCAGCAAGAGGGCGUCCUAGAGGAGUUAUUUCCACUCCAGUGAUAAGAACUUUCGGAAGAGGCGGAAGGUACUAUGGGAGAGGUUAUAAAAGCCAGGGAGCAAUUCAGGGCAAACCUCCUUACGCUGCUUCAGCAGAAGAAGUAGCCAAAGAACUUAAGUCAAAAUCAGAGGAGUCUAAAUCCUCACUUGUGUCUUCAGAUGGAUCCCUGGCUGAGAAUGGAGUUGUGACUGAGGAAAAACCAGCUUCCCAGAUGAAUGGGAAUACAGGAGACAUCAGGGCUUCCAAUCAGUCUGAAAGUGCCUUGAGUAAUGACUCUAAAAUGUGCAAUACAAAUCCUCACUUAAAUGCACUAAAUGCAGACAGUGUUUGCCAUAAAGAUGAUACUCUUGAGGCCACUGUCUUAAAAAAAGAAGAGUAAACUUAUUUUUUAUAGAGGGUGAAGGAUGUUGGGAAGGGUCAGGAUUAGGAAUAUCUGGAAAGAAAGAGAGCCUACAGUUACGUACAUUUUUUCCUUUCCGUAAGAGAAAAAUGAGGACUUUGGAAAUUCGGAUCCCUCUUUGAUGUCAGAGAUUUAAACAACACAUUUUUUUAGUUUUAACCAGUUGUAGUCAAAAUGCUACAAUAAAACAAAAAAGAAAGAGAAUGAAGAGCAUUUGACUCCCGCACUUAAAAUGAAGUAUACAUAAAGUUUAAACUGGUUAUGACAAAAGCUUGUAGUUUUGUUUUUUGAAAUAUAAAGAAAACAAAUUUUGGCAGUCUUUAAGUAUAUAUAGCUUAAAAUAUAAUUUUUAGUACUUGGCACCAUAUGUAUGCCAUUAUAUUUGAUUUUGCAUUACUGUGUCACAAUAAAGCUUUCUUUAAGGCUUUGAUUUCAUGAUUAUGGGGGGAAAAAGGCACAACCACAGUUUUUUCUUUCUUAAAUUUCAUCACCGUUGACGUGGUUCUUUUGUGUUCAAAUGUGCAAACUAUCGAAACUAAAAAUUAUAGAGUAAUAUUGCAGUUCUGCUGAUUUUAAAUAUACAUCAUACAUACUUUACAAGCAAGUUAAAUGGAGAUAAACUUGAAAUCGUGGAAGAUGCAAAUGACCUUUCAAAACAAACACAAUGUGUUCUGAAACUUUUUGUGACUAAUACCAUGCAUCCGUGAUCAAUGAACUAUGUGGUUUUGAAUCAGACGUAGACCAUUAGUACUACUAUUUGAGCUAAACUUCUGCAUGGUUCAUAAUUUUUAAAGUGUGUAGUUAAUAUUAUGCAUGUUAUUGUCCUCUUUCUUCCAUUCUUACAAGUACUGUGCCCAUUUGCAAAACAAAAAGCUAAUAAUCAGUAAUAGUCCUAUAAAAGAUGUUAACUAUGUUUAGUCAUUGACUGAUCUUGCUCUAACCUUAAAAUUUUGUGAUUAUUGACCUCUGUUGCAUUUAUUCUAAAACUUAAAAAAAAAAAAUUAUCUAGCCGUUUUGAAUAUCAACGUUACCCUGGUGUACUCAUUGCUGUAUGCAUUAUUGUUCUCUGUUGCUGUUUUAUGCCUUCAUAUUAGCAAAUAUGAAAUUCUGUGAAAAACAAAAAAAAAAAGCUUUGAUCUUCAAAAAAAAAAAAAGUACCCCCCUUCUGUAGCAGGAAACAAAUGGCUUGUUCUUGAGAACUUUCCCAUCAAGGAUUUAGUAUAAGCAAAUAUACCUGUAUCAUUUUGAUGUUUUUGUUAGUGUUUCCAAACUUAAUGUACUUCAAAAUCAGAAUCAUUUCUUUAUAUUCGUUUUCAUAUAAUUCUCCUGAUGCUCUUCAUCACACAUUAGUGAUCAGAAAUGAGGUGUAAUUCCCCAUUCCCUGCCCGCAAGAGCUAAGUAGGUAUCUUAAUGUAAGUUGAAGGGAGUUCUGCCCCAACUCAUGGAUUGUGCAAGAAUGAACUACUGUUGGGUUUGGUUGGUUGUAGAUGGAUUGUGGUGUGGUGUAUUUGAAGGCUAUUGAAUGCAACUUACAGUGCUUAAUAAAAAUCUUUAUUCUUUUAGUAUAAAAUACUGUAUGCCUUUUUUGUCAAGUAUUUUUUUAAUUAACAUUGUAAAUAAAAGUUUUCCUAUGCCCAAA